GAAUAACGCGGGGCUGGAGGAACAAUUGGAAAAUGGAUAAGAUAAUACAACAAAAGGAUGAUCAAAUUAUGAAGCUGCAGGCCCAAUUAUUGGAACAACACAAAAUAUUAGAUAACAGCAAAGCUAAGGAUGCUCAAAUUUUGAGUCUACAAGCUCAGCCAGGGGAAAAGAACAAAUUGGAACGGAACAGUUUCCAAACAGUGAAGGAGGUUUUUCCAAACUCAUCCCUAACUGAACAUGAGGAUGAAUUGGCAUUAGGCGAACACAGUCAGUUAUUCAGUCCACCACCUUACAGUGUGUUAAAGUUAAAUUCUGUUAGUGCUGCACUAAAAGAAUUGUUAGUAAUAAGUCCAUGCAGCGAAGGAAGUGAAGAAUUGUUGGACCGUAUUUGGGCCGAAUAUGGGUGUGGUACGGAAACCCAGAAAUGGCAUGAGUUCAACAUAAAACAUGGAUUAGAAUUUUAGCGGGGGUUCAAGUAAAACCUGGAAGUGUGACAGGAUUGAAGAGUGAGCCUACAGUUGAAAAACACUGAAAGUGCAUUACGAUUAAGCGAUGAACAUCAUACAUGGACUCUUUAGGAAAGGAUUUUCAGCAUACUGGGAACACAACUAUCAACAAUGCAACAUUCUAGGGGUGCUAUUUUAUCAUUCAAGAGCCUUAUACAAUGAUUUUCAUCUGCAAUUUGUAUGGCCUUUCCCAAGCUUCUGCCAGAAUUUGAAUC